AGCGUCUCCCGGGGAGGAGGAGCAGGAGGAGAGAAGGGUGUGAAGAGGAGGAGGAGGAGGAAGAGGAGGCGGUGACGGUGGCCACAUCUCGGCGUGACCUAUCCCCGCGACCCUGUGCCCAGCCCGUGACCCCGUACAGCGGUGCCGAAUGGUGAUCGGAGCGGCACCCCGGGGUCACCGCUGCCCUCCGCUCGCGGAGGUCGCCCGCCCUCGCCGUGGUACGUGCCGCCGCCGCAGCCGCCGCCGCCGCAGCCGCCACCGCCAGCAUGUCCGACGGUGGGAGGAAGUGGGGCUGCGAGUACUGCACCUACGAGAACUGGCCCUCCGCCAUCAAGUGCACCAUGUGCCGCGCACCCCGACGCAGCCCCAGCAUCAUCUCUCCUCCCGAGGCCGGCACGCCGGGCUCGCCGGACGACGGGCGCUGGCGCCGCGUGCUGACCGACGUCUCCCCUAGCGGCGGAGGAGGAGGCGGCCCAAGCGGGGGGACGCCCAUCAUUUGCCCGGACGCUGACGACGUGGUGGGCGGCGGCGGCGGCCUCGGCGGCCUCGGCGGCCUCGGCGGCCUCGGCGGCCUCGGCGGCCACGGCGGCCUCGGCGGCCACGGCGGCGGUAACGUGACGGGGGACUCCGCCGGCAAGUGGAGCUGCGCCACGUGCACGUACAUGAACUGGCAGCGCACCGCGCGAUGCUCCCAGUGCCUGACCCAGCGCGGCGGCUGCCGCACCGUCGCCGCCACCAAUCCCGCGCAGCGGUCUCCCCGCGGCGGCAGUCCCGGCGACUCUCCCGGCGCGUCCACCACGUGCGUCGCCCGGCACCGUCGCGGCGGCGGGGCCUCGCCCGUGUCACCCGAGCACGUGGAGGAGAUCCUCAACAACGACCGCAACCGGGCCGCGGCGCCGCCGGCCCUGGCCCCGCCGCCAUCGGCGCCGGCGCCCCCGCCAGCGUCCCGCGCCCCCGUCUCCCCCAAGUGGAUGUGCGCCACCUGCACCUACGAGAAUUGGCCCAAGUCGCUCAAGUGCUCCGUGUGCGCGCAUCCGCGGCCUAACAACUACGAGGCGGUCGAGCCGGAGCGAGUGGCCAUCGACGCUAGGGACGCCGAGAGGGCCGCCGCGCUCAUAGAGCAGGAGCGGGCGAGGAGGCGUGCCGCCGGUGGCGGCACGGGCGGCGGCGUGGUCGGUCUGGUGGGCGCGGGCGGCGGGGGCUGCGGCGCGGGCAUGCGGCGGUCUCCGUCGUCGUCACGCCGUGAUCCGGACUCUCCGCUGCUGGAUGUCCCGCGGAUAGAGUUUGCUGGCGCCGUGGGAAAUAACCGUAAGGAGGAUCGCGAGGCGGACUUCAAGCGACUGAAGCAGAUCAAGAACCGCAUGCGCAAGACCGACUGGCUGUUCCUGAACGCGUGCCUGGGCGUGGUGGAGGGCGACUUUGCGGCCGUGGAGGCGUACAAGUCUUGCGGGAGCGACAUCGCGCGCCAGCUCACGGGAGACGAGGUGCGGCUGCUCAACCGGCCCUCGGCCUUCGACACGGGACACACGCUCGUGCACCUGGCCAUCCGCUUCCAGCAGCAGGACAUCCUCGCCAUGCUGCUCGCGGAGGUCUCCCAGCACGCGGCCAAACGGAUCCCGGCGUUUGUGUGCCCGGAGCUGACGGAGCUGAUCCGGCGCGAAGUUGCCACGUCGCUCCACCAGCGCAAGGGCGACUUCCCCUGCCACUUCCUGUCUGACCUCCUGACCUUCACGCUGCCAGCCGAGAUCGAGGAGCUGCCCGGACGCGUGCAGGAGAAGCUCUACGAUGAGCUGUUGGACCGCGACGUGCAGAAAGAGCUGGAGGAGGAGUCUCCCAUCAUCAACUGGUCGCUGGAGCUGAGCGAGCGUCUCGAGUCGCGUCUGUACGCGCUGUGGAACCGCACGGCUGGGGACUGCCUCCUCGACUCGGUGCUGCAGGCGACGUGGGGCAUCGACGACAAGGACUGCGUGCUUCGCAGCGCGCUGCGCGACAGCCUCCACGACUGCUCCCACUGGUUCUACACCCGUUGGAAGGAGUGGGAGUCCUGGUCAUCACAGAGCUUCGGCCUCCACUUCUCCCUCAGGGAGGAGCAGUGGCAGGAGGACUGGGCCUUCAUCCUCUCGCUCGCCAGCCAGCCGGGCUCCAGCCUGGAGCACACGCACAUUUUUGUGCUCGCCCACGUGCUGCGUCGUCCCAUCAUCGUCUACGGAGUCAAGUUUUACAAGAGCUUCCGCGGGGAGACGCUGGGAUACGCUCGCUUCCAAGGCGUGUACCUGCCCGUGCUGUGGGAGGCGAGCUUCUGCUGGAAGUCGCCCAUCGCGCUGGGCUACACGCGCGGUCACUUCUCGGCGCUGGUGCCCAUGGAGAGCGAGGGCUACGCGAGCCCCGGCGCCGGCGCCAACAUCGGCGGCGGUGGCGGCGGCGGCGGUGGCGGCGGCGAGGAUGAAGGCACCGUGACCUUCCUGCCGCUGGUGGACAGCGAGCGCAAGCUGCUGCCCGUGCACUUCCUGUCGGCCUGCGAGAUCGGCAGCGAGGAAAACCAGGAGCGGCUGCUGCGGCACUGGCUGGACUGCUGCGUGACGGAGGGCGGCAUCCUGGUGGCACGGCAGCGCGUGUCGCGGCGCCGCCACCCGCUCGUCACGCAGAUGCUGGACAAGUGGCUCGAGCGCUACAGGCACCUGCAGCCCCGCGGCCCGGGGGGGGCGCUGUCGGACGGGGAGGAGGAGGACGAAGAGGACGAGUGACGACGACGGCGGCGGCGACGAUGAUGAGUGACGAUGGCGGCGGGGGCGAUGAGGGGCGAAGAAGUUGCUCGUCCAUUUCCGGCGUUUGUGGGGCGCUAAAACCGCUCCCCACCUCGCCCCACCGUGCCCGCACCACGAUGAACAGCGCCCUCGGUGGAAACGAGCGAGGGGCGGCUGUGCUUCAGCCUCUCUUCGCGAACCGCCCCCCCCCCCACCCAGCCCUCUUUUCUCCAGCACCACGAGCCAGCACUAUCGCCCAUUGCGACGGAGGUCACAGGUCAAGAGUUACGAGUAGGUCAGGAAUUGUGGCAUUGCCAGAAAAGUCGGCGGUGGGUGAAAAUUAUGAGGAGGGUCGGAGGUCGGGGCCGGUUGCCAGUCGAGUCGGGUGUCCGUUAACCCUCAAACUCGGCGCUUGCAAUUGUGGGUGGAAUGGAAUGAGACGGAAUGAGACGGAAUGAGACGGAGUGCGAUGGAACACAAGCCGCUGUGGUGGAAAUGGCGGAGGUCAUUGUCAGGCUUCGGGUAGUUGGAGCCCAAGUCACGCCAGGACAGCACGGGAACGACGCGGUGAGGGACGAGUGGCGGGGGGGGGGUUACUGAGUGAGCGAGUAAGUUCCUGCCGAUGGGUUGCUCAUCACGUCAUCAGGGUGGACGUUUCACUGUACAAGGACGAGUUUGCGGGAUGGGACACCCUGCCCUAUGACCCUUGAGGUCACCUUCCCACGCUGAGGUUAAUUACUACAAAGACACACAUACACACGCACAGACACAGGCGAAUACACAAUACAUAAACACGUACACACGUGCACAAAUUACGCACUUAGGUGAACACAGAGAGAUGGACACACAGACACAUAGCCGAAUACACGUAGACAUACCUAGUACGCAGACACACACAAACUCACGCAUAAACAUAAGCACAGAUGUAACAAAGACAUGUCUAUGCAGACACGUAAACAUACGGACAAUCAUAAAUAUAUAGACACGCGUUUACAAAGACAAAGACACUCGAGGGGUUGUUACGGUGAGACACAACAGGGCUGACACUACACACGAUCGUCGGUACCACGUGAUAUCUGAACCUGUCCUGAGCUGCCGCCUCCUCUUGGUCGACUCAUUCUUAAAACGGAGUCCUCGGUGCGGCAGCGACUGGGGAGUGGGGAGGCGAGGCGGUAACCACAACCACAACAACUCCUCCUCCUUCUCCUCCUCCCCGUGUGUCAUGCUGGCCUCACGAGGUGCUCGCUGACAUACGCAGCACUUGCCCCCCCACCCCCUCCCGUGGUCUGCGAGGCUUGGUGGGGGACGUUCGUCGUUAAUCUUGACACGCACGCGUACACGCACGCGUACACGUCGUGUGGAUGCUGUGUACACGCACGCGUACACGUCGUGUGCAC